CUUCUGUUUUUGCAGACUUUAUAUGCCAUUUCAUAAAAAGUAACCUAAGUCUGUAAGUUAACACUUUAACUUCAAUACCAGAAUUAUUAUCAAACAGCCUCUAAGGUACCCUACUUGCUAUAUUACUUCAAGGUACUAUCUGACUAUUGUAACUUUGAACAUCUUGUGUAAUGGAUGAUGAAUCGGAAACAUACAGGCUCUGGAGAAUUCGAAAAACAGUGAUGCAGCUGUGUCAUGAUAGGGGAUACCUGGUAACUCAACAUGAACUGGAUCAAACAUUGGAAGAAUUUAAAGAAGAAUUUGGCGACAAACCAAGUGAAAGGCACCCAGCUAGACAAGAGUUGACUGUUCUUGUUGCACAUAAUGAUGAUCCUACAGAUCAGAUGUUUGUAUUUUUUCCAGAGGAACCUAAAGUUGGUAUAAAAAAUAUCAAGAUGUAUUGUCAAAGAAUGCAAGAAGAAAAUAUUCAAAGAGCAGUCAUAGUUGUUCAGUCUGGAAUGACGCCGUCUGCCAAACAAUCUCUGGUUGAUAUGGCCCCUAAGUAUAUUCUUGAACAAUUCCUUGAGCAAGAGCUGCUGAUUAAUAUAACUGAGCAUGAGCUUGUUCCUGAGCAUGUCGUUUUGAAUCCUGAAGAAAAAGCAGAGCUUCUUGCUAGGUAUAAAUUGAAAGACCAUCAACUACCUAGAAUUCAGGGUGGUGAUCCUGUGGCUAGGUAUUUUGGAUUGAAGCGUGGACAAGUAGUUAAAAUUGUGCGACCAAGUGAAACUGCUGGAAGAUACGUAACAUAUAGAUUGGUGCAAUGAUGCAGAUAUCAAUUAUAGCAGUCACAUUGUAGUAUUGAGAAGACUAACUCAUUGGGGAGUUUGGAAGUAAUGUUGAUGUUUGGGAAAAACUCCUUUGGCAGUCAUAUGUUCUCAGAAUGAAGUAAACAUUUCAACAAAGGGUCAUGAAAGGUCGAGCAUAAAAGUGAAGGGCGCUUAUUCCAGGAUAACCAAAAUUUGAGUAUUCCGCACAAUAAAAUGAAAUACAUUAUUGCA